AUGUUUCAUAGUAUUUGAUAAAGGAAGCUUCUUGAUCAGGAUCGGAGGACCAUACCCGGGCGAUUAUUAUAAGGUGGUUGUUACAAAGGUUUCUUCUUAAUUAAUUUCGCAGUUGGAUCAAAUCCCAGAAAGCUCAGAUCAUCUGCAAUGGGAGAAGGCAAGACUCAGUUGAUUCAAGAUCAGUGGUUUCUGUAUGGGAAUAAUAAUAAUAAUAAUGGUUUCAAGAAUCACCAGGAAGAAGAAGAUGAUGCAUCAUCAUCAUCCACUUCAUCAUCAUUCAUAGGAGAGAAUUCCUCAUCAUUAUCAUCAUCAUCAUCAUCAUCAACAAUAUGUUCUCUGGACACCACAGAUGAUGCAUCUUCUUCAUCUUCACCUCCUUCCUUCAAUGGAUCCUUGUAUGACCUCUCAUCUCUCAUGUCCCAAUUACCCAUCAAGAGGGGGCUGUCUAAAUUCUAUAAUGGGAAAUCAGAAUCUUUCACAUCUUUGUCAAGGGUGAGCAGCAUAGAAGAGCUUGCAAAGAAAGAAACACCAUUCAAGAGAAAAAUGAAGGCUUGCAAGAGCUAUGGGGCUGGGUUGGAUGCCUACAAAUCAUACACUUCUCCUAAGCCAAUUAUCACAAAGAAACCCUCAUCCAAGAUCUCAUUUUCAUCUUCUCAAACUAGAAGAGGGAGCUUCACCAGCAGGAGCACUAGACCCCCUCUCAUUCCUGUGCAGGAGAACCACCUAGGAUGCUAAACUUUGUUGUUCUUCAUAGAGAGAGAAACAAGGGUCUUAUUAAUUUUCUUACAUAUAGUGAGAGAGAGAGAGAGAGAGAGAGAGAGAGAGAGAUGUUUAUAGUUAUUGAAUUUUGUUACUUCUAUAACAACAUAUGGAAGAGUUUAAUUUGAUUUGUUUAAUGUUC